AUGAAUUCGCCACAGCCAUGCACUUCAUCCGACGUAUGCUCCAUUACACCCAAGAAUCAUUUCUUAUUCAAAAUUUUAAUCAUCGGCGACGUUGGCACCGGAAAAUCUUCUAUAGUACAGCGAUAUGCUCACAAUUUCUUCAGUAGACAUUACAAAGCGACGGUUGGUGUUGACUUUGCUACCAAAACACUGAUACAAAGUGAUGGUACAACUAUUCGCUUACAGUUAUGGGAUAUCUCAGGUCAAGACCGAUUCAGCAAUAUGACACGGGUGUACUAUAAAGAUGCUCAUGGUGCCAUCGUAGUAUUCGAUAGUACGCGUCAGAACACAUUUGAUGGGGCACUACGAUGGAAAGCUGAUUUGGAUAGCAAAAUUACAUUGGCUAAUGAAAAGUCGUUACCUGUGGUUCUUGUUGCUAAUAAGGCAGAUCUCAACAACAUCAUAACAAACGAACUUCUAAAAGAGUAUAAGGAAAUAGGUAAUUUCCUGAAUGCUAUGAAAACAUCCGCAAAAGCUAAUUAUGGCAUCGAAGAAGCCUUUGAUUUUUUAGUAGAACAGAUUCUUGAAACUGAGAAGAGUGGACAGUAUAUAUUGCCUUAUUUUCAAGACAGGGAGAAAAUCAGAAAAUUGCACCAAAUACCGGAAAGAAGAAAGUUUGGGUUUAGGACACCCUCGUGCUGUAACUGA